UUUUCUGUCUUAUAAAAUGCGAACAACUGAUGGCUAUCUACAAAGGAAGACGGUUCAUUUUAACGUAGAACAAGAUAAAAGAUUCACGUCACUUAAAGACAAGGCGUUGAGCACAAUAUCAGUAAAACAAUGUGCUGUACACUGCCAAAUAAAUGGAUGUUGUGCUGCUAGUUACCAGAACGAUACAAACAAAUGUUACAUGAAAAUUGUUGAUUGUUUCUAUCAUACUAACUGGACGCUUAAAUGGAAUCUGAUUGUUCCAAAAUUUAAAAAGGUGCUUAUAGAAGAUACAAAAUCGUGGGAAGAUGCAAAGAAUCAUUGUGUUACCAUAGGCGGUAAUCUUGCUGAGGUGAAAGGUACACCAGAACAUGAAUACAUCCUGAACUUGUUAUCAGGAACAAGCAGUCUUUAUGUCUGGAUCGGCGGUCAUCACCAUAUUGAUUCAGGAAAAUGGAUAUGGAAUACAACGUCCGAUGAGAUUUUGGUCCCUCAUAAAGAAUGGCCAUGGGAAAAAUCAAGACCAGACAACCAUGGAGGAAACCAACAUUGCUUGACUUACUGUCACUUCCAAGGACUAGGGUAUCUCUGGGAUGAUCGUGAAUGUACGAGAACAAACAGUUUUAUUUGCGAUUUGUGAAUAUGCGA